AGAGGAAUACGAAAGAAAAAGCGGCGUGAGGAGUAGGACGACAAUUGAGUUGUCCUCGAGCUAAAGGCUCCUCGAGAAAGUGCUGCUACUACUACUACUACUAUUCUUCGAUCCCUAAGACAAGAGAAGGAAUGGAAGGAAGAGCCAAAGGACAAGAGGCAAGCACCACAGGCCGCUCUCCCGUGCACAUGUGGGCAUGGGAAGCUGGAAGGCAAAAGACCAAGGACGAGAGCGACCUUUGGAUUCUGGCGCGGAUCCCGGAAUUUUUCCUUUUUUCCUGGCGCUCAUUUUCUGUUCCCGACCAAGAACAAACCCGCGAAUGAAAGGGAACCACCGACGAGGCAAUGAGAUCAUCCAUCCCACAUUCCUCAAGUCAAGACGAAGACGGAGAAGAGGGAACCAGGGGUAUUGGAUCACUUUGAUCCCAGACAGCAUGAGAGUGUGUGCGUCUCAGGACUGACUGACUGGCCAUGAUUCAUAAGUGAACACCAACCAGACUCAACUCUAGUCAAGAAGCUUGAAUGAGUGGUCUUAAGCGGAAUGUCGUGGUGUGUCGUGGCGGAGGCCUCGUUGUCUUUGAUCAAGAUCCCAGUUCACUCCAAGAAAAAACCUCGAGUGUUAGUGCUUUUGGGGGAUAAUUGAUCUGUAUCCGAGAGGCGGCAAAUCCUGGGAAACACUCAAAACAGAACUUGUUACUCUUCCACAAGGAGUAAGUGGUCAAUUUGCGGACCAAAAUCCUCAUCCCACCUCUAAUCAUUUCCAAAAAUGGGUUCCAAUUGAACAAGAUCCGGGGGGCUCAUCAGUUGAUCCAAUAACAAGCUGUCUCCUCCUCUAUACGUAGAGGGGGAACUUGAUCCAAGCCCAAUUCCUAAUCCGGUCCCUGAAGCGCUAGAUUGUCGAGGACAUUGUAUAUCAUGUCUGCUCUGGGCUGUCGACCUCGACACAAACUGCUGAUCCCUUUCGUCGUUGGUUCCAUGGCCAGCUCAGACCCCAUCCCUUGCUUGUCCCAUCCACUUUUGAAGAAAUGGUCCAAGCUUAAUCGACCGGAAAGAAGCACGUGAUCCCACCACCAUGACUUUGACCUUUCGUGAAAUACCUUCGUGGUCAGGUGGAGGGACUCGACCAGGGUCAAUAUGCUCCCUGGUUCCAUGGCUCAUGGUGGCCUCCACAGUUCCAUGUCUCUCCUCGAUGAGAGUGGAUUCCAGCUCGACAUUCAACCGGGAAGCCAGCACCCACAACCAUGCGGGGUACUCGUCUUCUUCCUCCGUGUCGUUUAUGCCUCAUUCUCAAGAGGAUCCCACCCGCAAUGGAGGCUACUCCCUCUUCAAUAAAACCUCUUUUAUUAGUCGUGAUUUGGAUGGCCUCGCGGCCGAGGCUCGCCACCGCCAAUUCACCACCAAGGAACUGGCCGCCAUGUUCCGUUCUGCCGGAUGUAUCAACGAUGAAAUAAUUCUGUACUGCGCCCAUGUGAAUGAGACCAUCGUCAUCGAGAGUGCCAGUUUCUAUGCAUUACCCCAAAUGGCCCUGAAUUGCUCAAAUGGUCCAAUUGGACCCAUUCCAUCAAUGACGACCCCAGUUGUGGAUCCUUUAAGAGAGACGUUCUUCCCUCAGUUGUUGGGACUGCCGAGAAUUUCUCGCGACUUGCGACAAGCUCUUAAUCGGAGGUGCUCGGGUCUGAGUAAAGGUAUCGAGUGUUCGUUUAACUUGAGAUUGGACCACCCUGAGUCCACCGCUUGGGGCUCAGGGCUCAUAGACAUCUUUUACCGAUGUGCACCCAAUGAUUGGACUCAUCGAUAUUGUGACCGAACCAAAAGGAUUGCCACCAAUCCCAGUGGGGCCAGUGAAUAUAUCACAUCGCCCAUGUAUCCCAAGUAUUACGUGGGCGGCCGCAGCUGCAAGUGGUCCAUUCGGGCUGAGCCCGGACAACGGAUCCAGUUGCGGUUCCUGGACAUUAGUCUGCGUGAAAGGGUAUCCAGCACGGAUCCCGAGUGCACGGAUUCGAUCAGUGUUAGUGAACGAGGCAAGACCCUGCUCAGAAUGUGUGGGGAAUCCAAUGAGGACAUCAUGCUUCUGUCUGACGGAUACACACUCGAUGUCAAUAUGGAUACCCGGACCAAUACCAUAUACCCAAAGCGAGGCUUUCUGGCCGAGUUUUGGCCCUUGGGCUGUCCCAACCCUGUGGGACCGAUGGACGGCUAUCUUCAGUACCGAAAUGACACAAUUGCCGUGUACAGCUGCUCGUUGGGACAUAUCUUUCUCCCAAGUUUGGAGCGCUACAAGCAAGUCCGUUGUUGGAAUCGGGAAUGGGACCAGGAAGUGGGAAAUUGCGUUUCCAUCGAUUUCCUCGGAAAGCACGGAAACGCGAGUUUAGUGUCUCGACUAAUGGCCAAGACCGGAUACGUGCCUGUGUCCUCGUCCAGUCAUCCUCAGCAAAGGAUCAUUGUCCCCUCAGUCACGUCCUCGUGGUUCUCCGAUGUCGUCCUGCCCGUAAUUUUCGUGGGGGUUGUGAUCAUCCUCAGUCUGUUCGCAGUGAUCGUGCUUCUCCUCAUCAAGAGACAUUUUCAAUACGAGCAUGAGGGCGGUCAUCAGGAUGAGGACCGGAGCGCCUUAACCCCGGGGUCCAUUCGCCGCCAUUCGCCGCUCCUCAACCUUGAAUUCGGUCCCAGUCACUUCAUGUCCCACGACGGAUUGAGUGACCUUGGUCCCGGAAUCGGUAUGGGAUCCACUCGUGAGAACAUUGAAGCAGGAGGAGGAGGAGGAGUGGGUCACUCGCAUCUGAAUCCAUUACAUCCACAGAGGGAGGAAUUGUUUCUAUGUUGAUGAAUGCGAGUAAAAACGGUCUACUAGUCUCCAAUAUCACCAUUGUCUCCUCGAUUGGGCGUGUUGUGUUUGAGAUGGAUUUCUUGCCCCGAGGUGGCCUUAUCCGUUCUCGUGAUCUCAAGGGGAGAAGACAAAAAAGCCAAUGGCAAUCUCAGAGACCUGAUGUGCUCAACUGAGUUGGACCACGCUAUUAUCACGAUGUCGACUUCUGGGAUGGCUUCAGGCAACCAACCAGCGGCUACCAGCGGCUAUUGAUCCGAACACAACAAAGCGGCCCUAAACAAACCUCAAAUGAAAGAUGGAUCACUAGCACUCUAAAGAUAGAAAGAGCGACCUUGAAAGUGGCUCACAUAAUUGGUCGUCGAGAGCCAAACACGAUACGCGAAGCUCCUUGGACUCAACCCUGAUCACCCUACUUGUUCCAAUGGUCCACAUUUCUGAACAGGAGUCAAACCGCCAAAAAACAAUGGCAUUGGAGAGUGCCCAUGAAUCCAACAGACACUCCAGACCCCAACAGUUACGCCACCAUAUGGUGUUUACGGGACAAAUUUCCGCUGUCAAUGGAAACAUUUUCCCGCCGUUUCCAAGACAUAAUAAUGGCAUCAAUGGACCAUUGGCAAUGAUGAAGAACUCUGAACUCAACGAGUGGGUUCAAGCUUUCACCAAUCCACCCAUAACACAAUAGCAGCAGCCCCUCACCCAAACUGGAAGUUUCCAACAACCCUUCUUUUUUGGCAACUUUGGUCGUUUUCACGAGAGACCCUCCCGGUAAAGUCUCCAACACUAAUUACACGAAUCCUUUUUAUUCUUUUAUACGGAGGCGGUAAAUUAAAACAGAUAAUGGGUU